GAAUUUCGACUCAUCUUGGCUCACCUUUUUGCAGGCGCGGUCUAUGGCAUUGUUUAGAACAAUCCUCAGUCAUCCUCAAUCAGCCAAUCAUAACAUGAAUAUCAAGAAUUCAGUCAUCUCAAGCAUUUCCUUUGAGCGACCGAGAAAGAGAUGCUCGGUUGAUCCAUUGUUGGUUGGUGUGCAGUAGUCUGCCACUCGAGUUCCAUAAAGGUUUCGAGAUACCCGUCAUUAGAAUACUUUACAGUUCAAGUUGCAAGAGCGUCUCUGUUUACGUUCCUUGUUUACAUCAUGUUUGAUACCAAUUCUCUUCUCCUGGAAGUCUCCUCGACUGUCAAUAUAUUUCCCGAAUCGCGCCUUGAGCAGCCAACUUCGGUUCCUUUGUCCAUCAUUGACAAUACUGUUGCUGACUUUGCACGAUGUGCAGCUGUCUGGUACUUUGAUCCCCCUUCUAAUCCAGAGCACGCUCUAUCGGCUUCACAUUUACAAGCCUCUCUCUCUAAGACUUUGAACUCUUAUCGUCCAUGGUGUGGCCGGCUUUCUUACACCACGCCAACACCCAGUGGCAAACACACGGAAAGAUAUCAACGAAUAUGGGUGACAUAUAACACUACUACUGAUAUCGGGAUUCAAUUCGUCACUGCCACAACACACCGACAGCUUUUGGAUUUCAUUCCAAGAGCUUCGCAGCGAAUAUUUACGAUGAAAGCCUGGGAUGCUUUGGAUAUUCCCUCCAAGCAACUCUUCCCUGAGACCCAACUUGCAAUUUCAGAAGAUAAAGAUGCACCAAAUGUCAUCAUCCAAUUCACGACUUUCGCGUGCGGCAGUACGGCCAUCGCAAUAGAGAUCACUCAUUGCCUUUCAGAUGCAGUCUGCCUUGCUCAAUUUGCCAAAUACUGGUCUCUGAUCUCUCGGUCCAUGUUCGAGGGGUCCCCCAUUCCGACAAUAUCACCCAUCUUCGAUCCUCAACUCCUCGAUUCAUUCGCAGCAGGGGAUAUCGACAACUCAAUACCGGAUCCAGAUAUCCAGAACAGAGCGAGAGCCCUUCCACAACAUCGAUACGAUUGGUACAAACAAACUUCAAUGCCGACAGAUGUCCCUGCGGAUCUCGAUCCCACAUGGGAACUGAGUCCUAGCGACCCCAUUCCGUGGGAACAAUGGGAUACUCAAGCUCCCUGCUCCCAGCGAGUUCUUCACUUCUCUGCUGCUGAAAUCCAGCACAUCUACGAGCUCGCCACAAAGGAUUCAAAGGCCAAGAUCUCAAAACACGAUGUUUUGUUAGCUCACGUAUGGACUCGCAUCAACGUUGCUCGCCAACUCCCAGAAGGCACAAAGGCGUAUCUAGACAUGACAUUCGGUCUUCGCGCUCGUGCCAACCCACCGCUUCCCGAUACCUUCCUGGGUAGUCCAAUCACCCAUGCCGCUAUCCUUUUGCCCUCAAAAUUUUCCUCAGAAACUCCACUACUAGGUCAAGUAGCGACCACAAUCCGAGAAACAUUAGCCAAAUUCGGAACCCAGGAAAUCGCAGAUCUGUUGCACGAUAAUGCUUUCGAAGUCGCGCCUCAAAGGUUAUGGAGAGCUUGUUUGGGGAGAGAACAUGUUUUGCUUACGACAUGGGUGCAUAGUGGGGUUCAUGAUGUUGAUUUUGGCGGGGCAGAGUUGAGGUAUGUGGAGGCGGCGAUGCCGGCUUGCGAUGGGUUGGUUGUUGUUAUGGAAGCGCCUGGAAAGAGGGAGAGGAAACAUUGGAGUGAGGGGGGUGUGGAUGUCACUGUUUUUCUGGAGAGCGGUGCUAUGGAGAGGUUGUUGGUAGAUGGGAAGUUGUGGGGUUGAGAUGAUAGACCUUUGCGAAGUGAUAAGUUGUUCAUUGCUCUCGAGGCUUUGUAUAGUAUUGAAAUACUGUCCCGAACAUGUGUUCGUUUGUGUUCUAAUCUAUUGGUAGAUCUUUGCACCCGCGGUUUUGUCUGG